AGGCGAGUAAAUCACACUUUCAUCUCCAGGACCACAUCCGUUUGCUUGUUCGAUUACACAGCAGCAGUUCAGAAAUUAGUCACGUGGUGCAGUCAUGUGGUUAUCAGGAAGCUGUGAUGUGUUUACCAAGGCGCAUCCAUACACUACGACACCGAGCAUCCUUUAUCUAACAUGAAACCCGGACACUCUUUAUAGACAUGAAUUCACUGCUUGAUGUUUAUGUCCAUAAUGGCCGUCUCCUUCAUUCCUCUGUGAUUGUCUAAGCGUCACCAUGGCAUCUUCAAGUUAUACUUGCAUCCAAGACAGCGCCACAGAGAAGGAAAGGCUGCUCUCCUCCGUUGCCAGCUAUGGCUCCCAGGACCUUCUCAGGGGUGGGAGCCCCCGUCCCACUAGUCUGGUGGGUUCUGAGCUCCACCAGCAGCAGGAGGAAGAGGAGGAGGAGGCCCUGAGGAGAAAACUCAAAUACUUCUUCAUGAGCCCUUGUGACAAGUAUCACGCCAAAGGGCGCAAGCCUUUCAAACUGGGCCUGCAACUGCUUAAAAUCAUCAUUGUGACCGUGCAGUUAGUGCUGUUUGGACUGAGCAACCAGAUGGUCGUGACAUUUAAAGAGGAAAACACUGCAGCAUUCAAACACCUUUUCCUAAAGGGUUAUGAGGACAGUGUUCCUCAGGCAGUCCACACACAGAUCGAGCUGUACAGCCACCUACACUUCGCCAUAGAACAGUACAUGGUUCUACCUCAAAUCUCACUGGGACGGUAUGCAUACGUGGUGGGUGUCGGUGUAAACGGAAGUGCACUCUCCCUCUGCCAGAGGUACUACAGGAGGGGCACCAUAGACCCUGUCAAUGACACUUUUGACAUCGAUCCCUAUGUUGUCACCGAUUGCAUUGGACUGAAUCCACUGACUUACUGUUCUGGAAACAGUGACUACAAGAAUUUCACUCUCAAGUUUUACAAGCUGAUCAAUGUCACAAUUGACUUCCAGCUGAAGGCCAUCAACAUUCAGACCAUUAUAAACAAUGAAAUCCCUGACUGCUACACCUUUGCUAUCACGAUUGUCAUGGAUAACAGGGCACACAGCGGCAAAGUUAAAAUCAGUCUACACAACCAGGCAUCCACAAAAGAAUGUAAAGACCCCAAUGUGUCUGGACAUGCGGAGAGCUAUGCACGAGAGUUCUUUGAUGUGCUGGUGGCGAUAGUCUGUCUGUUGUCCCUGCUCCUUUGUGGGCGCUCCAUCUUCAGAGGCAUCCUCCUCCAAUAUGAGUACGUGCAGUUUUUUAAACACAGACUUAGCCGUAGUGUGAGCUGGGCAGACAGAAUGGAGUUCAUCAACGGCUGGUAUAUUCUGCUCAUUAUCAGUGAUGUGUUCACCAUUGUCGGCAGCUUCAUCAAAAUUGGGAUAGAGUCCAAGAAUUUCUCAUCAUAUGACAUAUGCGGUAUCUUGCUGGGAACCUCCACUCUGCUGGUGUGGGUGGGAGUCAUCCGCUACCUCAGCUUCUUUCAGAAAUACAAUAUCUUGAUUGUGACUCUAAGAGCUGCUUUUCCUAAUGUUAUCCGCUUUUGCUGCUGUGCAGCUGCCAUUUAUAUGGGAUAUUGCUUCUGUGGAUGGAUUGUGCUAGGGCCCUAUCAUGCCAAGUUUCGCUCCCUGUCCAUGGUGUCAGAGUGCCUGUUUUCUCUGAUCAACGGGGAUGACAUGUUUGUAACGUUUGCUGAGAUGGAGCAAAGCAGCACACUGGUGUGGAUCUUCAGUCAGGUCUACCUUUACACCUUUAUCUCACUCUUCAUCUACAUGGUGCUGUCCCUCUUCAUCGCACUCAUCACCGGAGCCUACGAUACUAUUAUGGCCCAAACACAGGACCAGGUGUGCGUCACUGACCUGCACGCAUUUAUCGCAGAGUGCAUGGACACGCCCAACUCUGGCAAGUUCCGUGGGUCUGAGAGGUCGUCGUGCUCUUUCCUCUGCUGCUGUGACUGGUGAAGAGGAGAAGGAAGAUGCACAGAGGGAGUAAGCGGUGUAUGUGUGGAUGCAAAAUAUAUAUAUAUAUAUAUUUUUUUUUUUUUUCUGUAUUUAAAGCACCAACUUCCUCUCCAGUGACAGCUGACUGCAAUUUCAUUCUUUUUUCCAUAAACCCAGCAGGGAUGAUAAAUGCCUUGAGAGUGAACCUACUACCUUAAGACUGCAUUGUCCUCUACGGCCGUGCUUGAAUUUUGCAUUUAAAUUUGUGCUGGAGCAGUAGAAGGCACUGCACAGUCACAGGCCCAAUAACCUGUUUGAGCUUUUGUACUAGGGAUUUGAUGACUAGAUGCAUAAUGCCAGUAAACACAUUCAUUGCUGUGGAAUGGACACAGGGUUCACGAAGUAAAAUGGAUGCAAAUGUUCACUUGAAUUAUCCACUAUGUAUAAGGUUUUUAUUAAUUUAUUGUCCACAUGGCUACCUAGGAUAUAUUAUUUUUGUGACUCUUAAUUAUGUAAAUAUGUCAUCUGGAUCUUCAUAUCGGAGGUAGAAUUGACAGAAGAGACAACCAGGCAAGCUGAAAAAAACAGCAAUCAUUAGUUGCUGUAUGUAUGCAUUUUUUUCCGCAACAUUUUCACUCAAGGCUGUUGAUCCGUUCCUAUUUUCAAUCUUCACUCCUUGUCCUCUUUGUUGAUGUCUUCCUGUGACUGAAAGGAGAUGAUGGCUGCAUGAGGAAGGACAAGCCCUGCAGCCAACCAGUUAGUCAUCAAUAUGUAUGAGCUUUUUCUGCUUUAAAGAGCCAGGUGCACACUAAUGCACUGCAAGAUAGGGUAUUUUCACCGUUUAGUUUAAAGUGCUCCCUGCAAGGCUGUAAAAUAAUAUUCAUAUAGAAUAUCGGGGUUCUAAACAUUGUCAAGGGAUGUUUAAAGAAAGGUGUGUUCUAGUAGAAUAUUUUAAUAAUAAUUCUAAUUCAUCUGGUCUUACUUUUUUUUCUCUUAUGAUAUAAGAUUUAGCUACUGUCUUAUUAAUAGAUUAUAACAAGCUCAAUUACUAAGAUGUUAAAGUAGCGAAGUUGAAUUUUCAACUCCAGGAAAUAGGAAAAAGUGGGUAAUUAGCUUUAGGUACAGCUGUUUCACCAGCUAGCCUUAACUAGCCACUGUUUGUUUAGUUUGGUUUUUACUUUUGUUUUCUACUUCUUGUGAAUUUUUCACGUGGUUUUUAUCCCUGAAAGACAUCUCUAAGGUAUAAUAUUUUUUAUUGAAAGGUACAAUGUCAGAAAGUCCGAUUCCUGACUUAGCUAAUUUUUGAAAAAAUAAGUAUCAGAUUUGGACACUAUCAUUACACUGAUAUUGAAGCAAUGUAUAAAGGGUUAAUAGCUCAUUCAUUUUAUUUGUGAAUGACUAAAGGCAUCUCCACAAACCAGCAGUUCUUCAUUGAUGCUUACUAUAGAACUGUUACUAUAGAAACUAAUUGAAAUGGUAAUGUCAUACCAGCAUGCUAUGUAAGGUCAAAUGAAGGGCACUCUUCAGUGGAAGAGGGACAUGCACUGCACAAAGUUUGCAUCCGGAUAAAAGGGAACAAAGGGAUUUGAGAUGCAACACAUAUGUUUGAUAAUUUUGUAUUUUUUGAUAAUUGAUUACUGACAUGUUUAUUUAAAUUAAUUGAUAUUGUUUACAAUUUCAACAGGUAGAGCGUGUUUUUCUUUUAACAAGUGUUUAUGUACAAUUUGCAUACACUUACUUAUUUGCACUUCAUGAAAACCAAUGUACAACUAAAUUUGAUUUAAAUGUGUCACAUGGGAGCCAUAUAGCACAAUGGAGCACUUCUGGGAAUGUUCUUUUAAAGCAAUUUUGAUUUAAUGGUAACAGUAUUACUGUUCACUAUGUUUGUCUACUUGCAGUAUAUUCUGUAUGCUGUCUUAACUAUUUUACCUCAUUCUAAGAAGAAGCAAGAGAUAGCUAAAAGAGGGUUGUCUGUUAAUGUGUAGGAGGACGUUGUACAGGUUUUACCCUCAUUUGUAUUGAAUAUUUUCUGUGAAGAUGCUGCCUUCUGAAUGAAAGUAGACAUCAGCAAAAUAAACUGGAAACAUACAGAA